CUUGGAUCUUUUCAACAUUUUGCACAUUCGAGCUGGGACCCAUCUAAAGCGCGAAUGAGACUGGCUCAACCUCAUGAUCAGAACAUAAUUCCAGCUCCUCCGCUGCAAUUGCCGCCAGUAGGCUCAAUCUCGACCAGACGCCCGCCUGAAAUGGCUCCAGCAGCAGAGCCGCGACAAGGCACUCUAGGAGCACCUCGACCAAGCCCCGAUUCUAGACAAACACGUGCAGUUCAGCGAUCCUGGCAGUCACCACAGGUCCGCGACGUACGCGAUCGAGUGGAAGACCUGCGCUAUGAGCUCAAAGUGCGUCAACAACCGAUCGCAGCCCGAGCGUGUGGUUUUGGGGAGCGAGAUCGAAGAGUGAUCGACCCCCCACCGAUAAUACAAUUGACCGUCAGCGAUGCGCACACGAAACAAGUCGAUCUUGACGAGCUUCGGUACUCACUCAAUGUGGUGCAUUGCACUUUGUGGAGCGCCGACGGCAGACACGAAGAAACAGCUCUCGUACAACCAGACAAGAGGGCCACCCGCAGACUUAUGGGUCAGCUCGUUGCUUCACCUUCGGUGGCCAAGGAUGAGCACGACCAAGAGGGCUGCUUCUUCUGCUUCCCCGACCUUUCGUGUCGCACGCACGGCAAAUACCGACUUCGCUUCGUGCUCAUGAGGAUCGAUCCCGCCAACCUCGUCGUCGGCGGAACGUCUCCGAUCUUGACCGAAGUCUUGAGCGACGUGUUCACGGUGUACACGGCCAAGGAAUUUCCGGGGAUGAGGCCGAGCAGCGCGUUGACGCGAGCUUUGAAACUUCAAGGGUGCAACAUCCAGGUCAAGAAGGGAAACGAGAAGAUGUUCCCUCGUAAGAGGCCUGCCGUAGGGACCGGCGACGCUCCCACGGACGGUGAUCGAGUUAAGAGGCUGCACAACUGAUCUGGAUCGUACCAGAGCGAUCACAGACGGCCAGCAAACGACGUGCAAUAUAUUUUAUCGUGGUGCAAAAUACCCCCAGGAUGAGGUGCUGGUCUAUCUUAUUGUAGGCGUACUACUUUUGGAGCCU